UAUGAUCCUCUCUGGUAUGAGAAUACCAGCACUCCAUUGAAUGAAGCAUGUUGGAGAGGAUUAAAAGAUGAAGUACAACGAUUGAUUGACAAGACUGGCCUUCAAGAAAGAGGUAAAAAUGGAUGGAGUCCACCAUUAGCUGCUUCAUAUGGUGGCCACAUUGAUGUCCUCUGUCUCCUCAUUGAUGUUUAUCAUUGCGAUCCUUCACAAGGUGAUGAUGAUGGUGUUAUUAGUUUACACAUGGCCUCAUAUAAAGGCCAUCUCAAUAUUGCACAGUAUCUAGUUAAUGAAUGUCACGUUGAUCCAGACAUAGCAGAUAGCUCUGGUAACACGGGAUUGCUUUACUCAGCACUGGGUGGUCACGUUGACCUCGUGAUUAUGUUUUUAAAGAAGAAGUGUAACGUGUCUCAGGUCAAUAGAGAAGGAUCGACUUUAUCAUUAUUAGCAUGUAAGAGUGGACAGGUAGCAUUAGUUGAUCAGCUUAAGCAGUAUGGUAUUUUCUCAGAAGAUGACAUAGAUUUUAACGGAUGUGGAAUAGUACAUUAUUGUGCUAUGAGUGAUAGUGUAGAGCUUCUAGAGUAUCUUUAUAAUAAUCAUAAAAGUGAAUUAUUUCAAAAAAGAGAUCAUUUUGGUGCAACUCCACUUCAUAUAGCAUGUCAGUAUGCUUCAUCAGGUUUCAUUAUGAAAAUGGUUAAUAUUUUUGGAUAUAAAGUAUUACUAGAAGCUGAUUAUAAUGGUCGCUCUUCUCUUCAUUAUUUAUGCAGUGGAUUGGUUGAUAAAUACUGCAUUACAGAAGUGUAUAAUAAGCUCACUGCACCAUGUGAUAUACCUUUACUGAUGGAAAUAGAUACAUUAAAUGCACAUGACAAAGAAAACUUUCAGAAAUAUAUAUCACUAAAUAUAAAUGUUACUAAACAGCAUAAAAGAGUGAGCCUUUUGUCCACACUCCUCAAGAAGACAAGCAUUAUUAAUAAUUUCAAUAUAAAUUCUAUUACUGCUACUGGUCAAUCAUUGGUUCAUUUAGCAUGUACUAGUGGUAGUAUAUUAUUAGUGAAGGUAUUAGAGGAGUAUGGUAUUAAUACAAGUUCAUUAGAUUAUGAGGGUCAGUCUGCAGUACAUUAUGCUGCUUUAUCAGGUUCACCUACUCUACUCAGUUAUACUGUAUCUGAGUAUAGGUUGAAUGCCAGUCAACCAGACUACAAAGGUGUAGUACCAUUAGCAUUAGCUUGUAUGUCAGGUAGUAUCAAUGCAGUAGAAUAUAUUAUGAAUACUACUGACAUUGAUAUUAAUAUAACCUGUAAUGAGGGUAGAACACCUCUUCAUUAUUCAUGUCGUCAUGGUAACGUUGAUCUUAGUGAAUAUCUCAUUGAAGUACAAGACAGUGACAUUAACAUAACAGAUAAUAAUAAAAGGAAUGCAUUGACUCAUAGUGCUAAGAGUGGUAACAUGAAGCUAGUCCAAUACCUCAUUAAUAAUCAUCAAUUGCCUCUUACAUCAUUAGCACUACUUCAAGCAGUAUAUAGUGCUAAACUAUCAUUAAUUAAAUUAUUAGUUAAUGAAUAUAAACUAGAUCCUCGAGUUAAAGAUGGUGAAGGUAAGCAAGCAGUUCAUUGUGCAGGUUAUGUUGGUACUAUUGAUGUCUUAGAGUAUUUAGUAAAAGAUUGUGGAUGUGAUUUGGAUAGAGUAGGUGGAGGAUACAACUGUAAUGUGUUUCAUUCCUCUACAUCUAGUGGUCAUUUUUCAUUUAUUAAAUAUAUAAUUAAUAAUUAUCCACAAUAUUCUAGUCUAUUGCAUUCUAUUAAUGAUAUUGACACUCUACCAAUUCAUGCUGCCUGUGGUAGUGGUGUAAUACAACUAGUGACAUUUCUAAUUGAUGUAAUGAAAUGUGAUGUCACAAAUGAAGAUAAGGAUGGCUAUGAUUGUGUCACAAGGGCAUGUUCCUCUGGUAAUCUUGAUCUUUUAAAAUUAUUAAUAAAACAAUACAACCUUAAUCCUAGAAUAUUCGGCAAAGCAUCAUCACCAGAAGCUGCAGUGGCAUAUGGAUAUGUUCAUAUACUAGAAUGGCUCAGACAAGAGUAUCAUAUCAAUGUAGCCUCAUUUAAGAAUGGUUUAUUACCUUUUUAUGCUGCACAAUAUAACAAUUUGUAUUGUUUAAAGCAUUUAUUAAACAAUUAUUCAUUUGAUAUUAAUACCACUGAUGAUACUCAAUCUACACUCCUUCACAUAGCAUGUCAGAAAGGACAUGUUGCUAUAGUUCUCUACCUCACUAGUCUUCCUCAGUGUGACGUAUCAGCUAAAACUUCAAAUGGAUCAACAGUUCUUCAUUUAUCAUGUAAAAGUCGUUCUCUUCCUAUACUCAAGCAUCUAGUGGAGGAGCAUCAGUUUGAUCUCACUAUUAAAGAUUACAAUGGAAUGGCUCCAGUUCAUGUAGCCUGUGAAGAAGGAUCAUUGAGUAUAGUCAAGUACAUUAUAGACCAUUCACCAUUAUCUCUUGAUAUGACCGACUCUUUUGGACGUACUCCACUACUUAUUGCAGCUUUCUCUAAGAACCUUCCCAUCAUUCGUUACCUCAACAGUAAAAACUGCAACAUUUCUAUACUGGACGAUAAAGGGUUUAACGUAAUACACAUAUCGGCAAAGGGAGGGUCUUUGGAUAUAUUGAGGUUUUUCGUUGAUGGUCGCUACUGUAAUCCUGAUAUCACUGAUGCUUCUGGUCGUACUCCACUUUAUCUGUCAGCUCAAGAGGGUCACUUGGAAAUAGUAGAAUAUCUAUUGGAUAGUCCAAGCUACAAUAAACCACGUGUAGAAUUAGUAGACAUGGCAGAUAGCAAUGGUAACACAGCACUUCAUGCAGCAUGCAGCCAGGGUCAUCCUGAUAUAGUGUCUACUAUAGUAGGAGCUUACAAGUCUCUUAAUAUUGAUAUUUAUUCAAUUAAUGAGAAGAGACAGACUCCAUUACACUUAGCAGCAGCUAAUGGUCACGUUAAUACAGUCGUGUCUCUCUUAUCAGCCACUACUGGUACUAGAAAUCAUGAGAAGCUCCUUGGAGCAGUGGAUAGUGAUGGUUGUUCUCCUCUUCAUUUAGCUUGUCAAAAUGGUCACUAUAGGAUGACACUGUAUCUGUCUGAGGUGUAUCCAGCUAAUGUUUAUAGUGUGAAUAAUAAUGAGGAAGGAUUGCUUCAUGGAGCUGCUGAGAGUGGUAAUAAGGAUCUAAUCCAAUUCCUAGUGGAAUCACACGGUCUUGAUCCAGAGUCACAGGAUAAAGACGGAGUGACAUGUCUACACAUAAUAGCAAAGCAAGGAGAUAAAGAGAUAUACGAGUAUCUUGUACCUCGUGUUAGGAAUAAUCCAACUCCUAAGGAUAAAGCUGGUCGGUCUCCACUUCAUUAUGCUGCCAGACAUUAUGAGAUAUCAGUGUAUCUG